AGUACAACUCGACUGAAUUCAAAAUGACCAAGCAAUUGCUACAAAAGUGAAGCUAAAACAACAUUUGCAAGGAGCUUGAGUAAAAAGACGUUCUGUCACAGCUCAUUUUCUUCUUCUUUUGUUUGAGUAUGGAAGAAGGAAUAAGCAAGACAAAAAAAAAGAGUAUAGGCUACAUUGAGUAUCAAUAAAAUUGUUUACUCCCCGAGUGACAAUUUAGUUGUAUUUUGAGUAUAGACGUGUGAAGAUCAUCAUCGUUAAGUUGCACAGAAAGAGAAGAAAAGAAUUUUUUAACUUUGAAUUAUUUACUUUUUUGACUCCUCUUUUCUACCUGCUCUUUCUACAUAUUCAGUCAUUGCAAGAGAAAAUUAAUUUUUGAAUUUAAAAAAAAAAAAAACACAAUAAAUUAAAAAUGAAAUAUUCAUUAAUAAUUUUUAUCUCAUUUGUAUGUUCACACUACGUGAGUUCAAUUCCAAUUGAUGGUGAUUUUGUGUCCCCUGACCAGUUAGAGGCAAUUUUAAAUAGGAAUAAGAUUACAAUUAAACAAGAUGUGGCAACUGUUCCUCGUAUUCCUAUUGCAGAACCUAUAAAAUCUGUGCAACCUUUGCAGCCAACACUUCCAGUACGUGACCAUGAUGCACCGCCUAUAUGGGGUGUCUCAUCAAUAAACUCUGCAAAUGCACAGUCUCAAGCACAAAAUGUUCAUGGUGGUAAAGAACAAUCUGCCGGAGCUAAUUCGUUCACAAAUACAGUUGAAAAUGAUCAAGGGAAAUUCCAUAAUUCCGGUGCGUCAUCGGUUGGAGGUAAUAUUGCACAAGAUGGAUCGAAAGGCCAAGUUUCUGCUGCUAAUACACAGAAACAGACAUCAUUAACAGCCGAUGGCUAUAAGAAUCAAGACUCUGCUCAAUCACAGUCAGCUAACUUUGACAAAGCUACUGGAUCAUUAUUGGCAUCAAAUGCCAAUACUGAUCUUAAAGAAACAAUUGAUAAAUCAGGCUCAAGACGUGAGCAGACGAGUGGCGCAUCGUCAGUAAAUCAAAAUCAACAUGGAGCGUCAAAUAGUAAUGCACAAACAAAUACUGUUGAUUAUAACCAAAAUGGCAUGAAAGGAUCAAAAACUAAUUCGGUAGCUCAAUCAAGUCAAAUAAAUAAAGAUGGAUCAGCAGCAAUGGCAAACACACAUUCGGGAACAAAUACUUAUGAGACAGCCGACGGUCAGAAAGUUUCUGUCUCAGAAGCAGGUUCAUCAAGUUCUCAUCAAGGUCAAAACGGUAGCAGCGGGUCUUCAUCAAAUUGUAAUAACGUAAACACUGGAAAUAGCCCAGGCUAUGCGGGUGGUUUUACUUAUUCUUCAUCAUCAUCGUCAUCAAGUUCAUCAUCAUUUAAUGGUCAAGGUCAAACACAAAGUAGUUCUGGUUGUAAGAGCGGAGGAUCAACUGGAUUUGCACCGCAAAACGUGCAAAUUCCUGGUUUUGGAUUUUUCCCAUAUGCAUAUCAACAAUAUGGAUAAUAUGUGAUAGAUAUUAGGUGAUAAAAAAUGGAGUAAAGUAAUGAAUAUUUUACUAUCAAAAUAUGAGCGCGAAGUUUAAUGAACUCAUUUGGACAUUUUUUGUUAAAUAAAAAAAAAUUUACGUCUGAUAAAAAUUGAUAUUAGUGAAUAUUUUUUCUGAUACUAGUUUUUUUAGUUUUUUCUUACUUUGUUUCAUUCAUUUCCAUUUUUUCUUCUUUUUGAGCUUUGCAGAUUAUGGUGUGUUAGGG